GAGCGGCCGGGUUACGCCCGCCUCCAUCCGGGGGCCUGAGCCGCUAAAAUGGCGAUGGCCGUAUCGGUGGCGGCAGCUCGCGCUGCUCCCGGGAGCCCGGGGCUAGGGGCCGAGUAGUCCCUUCCCCGGAGCCUGCGUCCUGGCCGCGGGGCGUCCUGGGCCGCGGCGGCCGCAGCCCCCACCCGGAUCCUCGGUCUGCCCUCCUGGCGCGUCCAUGAACUCGGUGUCGCCGGCCGCCGCGCAGUACCGGAGCGGGAGCCCGGAGGACGCGCGCCGGCCCGAGGGCCGCAGGCCGAGGGUUCCUCGAGUCCCGGACCCCAACGGCCUGGGGCCCUCCGGAGCCAGCGGUCCCACUCUUGCCUCUCCUGGAGCUGCCCCAGUUGAGCCGGACGAAGUGGACAAGUUCAAGGCCAAGUUUCUGACUGCCUGGAACAACGUCAAAUAUGGUUGGGCGGUUAAAAGCCGGACCAGCUUUAGCAAGAUCUCCAGCAUUCACCUCUGUGGCCGCCGCUACCGUUUUGAGGGUGAAGGUGACAUCCAACGUUUCCAGCGAGACUUUAUGUCACGCCUGUGGCUCACUUACCGAAGGGACUUUCCACCCCUGGCGGGGGGCUGCCUGACCUCCGAUUGUGGCUGGGGAUGCAUGUUGCGCAGUGGCCAGAUGAUGCUGGCCCAGGGCCUGCUACUGCAUUUCCUCCCCAGAGACUGGAGAUGGGCCGAGGGCACAGGCUUGCUUCCCCCUGAGCUGUCAGGGGUGGCCUCUCCCAGCCGGUACCGUGGGCCUGCCCGCUGGAUGUCCCCUCACUGGGCUCAGGGCACCCCUGAGCUGGAACAGGAACGUCGGCACCGGCAGAUUGUGUCCUGGUUUGCUGACCACCCCCAGGCCCCUUUCGGUCUACAUCGGCUGGUGGAGCUGGGACAGAGCUCAGGCAAGAAGGCGGGUGACUGGUAUGGGCCAUCGCUGGUGGCACACAUCCUCAGGAAAGCUGUGGAGAGCUGCUCAGAGGUCACCCGCCUGGUAGUGUAUGUUUCUCAGGACUGCACAGUUUAUAAGGCGGACGUGGCACGCCUGAUGGCCAGGUCGGACCCUACAGCUGAGUGGAAGUCUGUGGUCAUCCUGGUGCCUGUGCGACUGGGUGGUGAGACGCUCAACCCAGUGUACGUGCCCUGCGUAAAGGAGCUACUGCGGUCAGAACUGUGCUUAGGCAUCAUGGGGGGCAAGCCACGACACUCACUGUACUUCAUCGGCUACCAGGAUGACUUCCUGCUCUACCUGGACCCCCACUACUGCCAGCCAACAGUGGAUGUCAGCCAGGCUGAUUUUCCCCUGGAGUCUUUCCAUUGUACCUCACCCCGCAAGAUGGCCUUCGCCAAGAUGGACCCUAGCUGUACCGUGGGGUUCUAUGCUGGAGACAGGAAGGAGUUUGAGAAGCUCUGCUCGGAGCUGACCAGGGUUCUCAGCUCCUCUUCAGCCACAGAACGGUACCCCAUGUUCACCCUGGCGGAGGGCCACGCUCAGGACCACAGCCUGGAUGACCUCUGCUCCCAGCUUUCCCAGCCAGCCACUCUGCGCCCCCCUCGCACAGGGCGCCUCCUCAAGGCCAAAAGGCCAAGCUCCGAGGACUUUGUGUUUUUAUAAUGGGAUGGGGGGGAAAGAUGCAAUACUAUUUAUUUUUUUAUUUAUGUCAUCUUGGAUAUGGGAUCUAGAACUCUGGUGAUAGGAUCCCCAUUCUCACCCCCUCCACAAACCCGGCUGAGACCUGUCUAGGACUCUGCAGGGCUGGGGCUGUUCUAGCAGUGGAUGAGCCCCAGGCAGCCUGCCUCCUGCCAGCUGGGUCCUCCUCACAGGCAGGGAGCGAGGGAGGACUCCCGGGCACUCACUCAGGGCCUGACUCAAGUACUGUAGUUUGCACUGGACCAGCUGUGCCCCUCAUUUUCUCAAAGCCCCCUUCUAAGGGAACUUUGGCUGCUGGGGGAUAAUAAAGCUGCUGAACUUGAAUGUGGAAAUGGCUGGGCUUAGCAUUCAUUGCAAGGGGAUGUGGGGUCCAAGGUUGUUCAAGGUGAGGUUUCUAAGCCACUUGAGGAAGUUAAGCCAACCUCAGUUUCAUCAUCUUUUAAGAGAGGAUGAUGCAUUUGCCUGCAGGUAGACAUGAGGUUCUCCAGAGCAGGUACAUAGCACAGGUUGGCAAGAGGGAAGACCUGGCCCAGGGAAGGAGCCCACCAGCCUCUGCCUGCUCCAUGAUCUUUAGGGGCAGCUUUUGGGCCCACGCUGUUUCCUUAGUUGCUUGCUCAGCUGGCGGAAGUGCAGCCUUUUGGGGUUGAGGCCAAAGGCCUGAAGUCUCUGACGGCUGAACUCAUGGCCACCAAGUGUCACAGUGGGGCCCAAUAGCCGUGCCUUCUUGUUCCUCUUCCGUCUUUGGGGGGCUGGCUUUUCAGUGGGUGAAACAGACACCUCUUCUUCCUGUGCUGGGGGGCUCUCUGCCUGGGGCUGAUUCCUACAGGCCCCAUCAGGCACUGGCAGCUGCCCCUGUGGGCUAGCUUUGUCUCUCUCUGGCUUCCUUGUGGAUUCUGUGGACAUCUGCGUCUGUGUCCUAUAGGCAAAAAGUCAGGGAUCAGGCCAGGCCAGUCAUGACCUGCUCCUGAGCACCACCCCCCCCUCCCCCAGCCACAGCCCCAUUUUAUAGAUAGGAAGAAGCAUCUACAGAGAUUCAGGCCCUGCCUGGGGUUCAAACCUGGGCCUGAUGUAAAAGUCAAGUUUUUCUUACUGAACACUAAGGAUGGACUAUGAUGUAGCUGAGUGUGAUGGCACAUACCUAUAACUCCAUAUUCUAGGAAGGCUAAGACAGGAGCAUCUCAAGUUCAAGGAUAGCCUGGACAAUUCGGCAAUAUGCUCUCUAAAUAAAGGGCUGGGGAUGUGGCUCAGUGGUACAGUGGUUGCCUAACUGUGUGAAACCCUGAGCUCAAUUCCCCAUGUUGAAAAAAAAAAUUUUAAAUGAACUAUGAGCUUCUACUACCCCUGUUUAUAUACUGGGAAAUAAUGAACAUCAUAAAGUUGUUGAUGGACGCUUA